GUUGUGGUUAUUGUUGUUAUGCGCGCCGGCCGUGUGCUGUGGCAUUUGGAACCGCUUUGGUCAAUCACUUUUCCUCGGAUGUCGCCCGCUCGACCCCUUCGAGCGCUAGCAAUUCAAGGAUUCAAGCAAGCAUCCAACAUGCAGAUCGUGUGAAUCGAGACAUUAGAAGUGUGGUCCUGUGGUGUAGCCUGUGACGCUCUUCUCUAACAGCCUCUGCACAGUAGCGCAAAAUGACUUCAAUGCCUCAGACACUUCGAAUUUUGGAGAACUCCCACGUCAACCGCGCUUUCUCUGAAGAAGUGUGCGACUGCGAAUCGAGCAGCGCAACACCGGACGGAUGCAGCGACAAGUCGUACGAACCCGAGUGGGCCGAGAACAUCGGCCCGAAAGGCGACCUGUUCUACAUUGAACCACGGUACAAGUCGUCAUUCGGGACAAGAUCCAUCACUGCAUCUGACAAGAGUUCUGGAAAUGACUCUCAAGUUGUGCGCUCUAAGGGCUUCGGCUCUGAAGCUAAAAACAAGUUCCGAAGCCUAGUCGGACGCAAAAAGGUCAAACACCGCAGUGGCGACGGCCAGCUCGACGUUUCGCAGUGUCAAAAAGAGCCAUCGCUGCGCUCCUUCAACAAAGCGGAAUGCAUCGAAGUGUUCAUUGACGUCGAUCCGGCGCGUCACAAUUAUGGACGAAGGGCGACAAUCUGCGAGGCGCUGUUUGGCAUAAUACCUGGAACUCUCCCGUCGAGGCUUGCCACCGCCGAAAUGCUUGAGGAAUGCUCCCCUGUAAUGGUGCAAGGACUUUUGCCCGAUGGUGAGGCCAUCAAGACCGGAGCUAUAAAAAUUGGAGAUGUUCUGAGAAGCGUCGAUGGCUCCAGUGUGAAUGAGAAGAACAUUGAUACCAUUCUGCGAGGCAUUUCUAAAGCACAAAAGGUGAAGCUCCAGUUUGUUCGCCCCGAAGAGAACACACUUGCAGGGUGCGAUAAGUACACUUACCCGCAAAGUAUCAACGCUCAAAGCUCACUUAUCAAACAGUUGUCCGGAGACAGUGCAAUGGUUCAGCAAGUGAAACAGCAACUUCACCAAAUACCCCAUGCAUUUAUCUAUCAAGGCUUCUGCAGUGACAUGCACCAGCAGAAUGAACCAGCGCGUCGAACUGAGCAAUUUUAUCGGUUUCCUGACUACGAUCAUACCCUUUCGAACCUUAGAGGCAUGUUUGUAACUCUGAGUUGUGUGCUUGGAGAUGUUACUGCAGCCAAGCCACAAAGCAGUAGCCUCAGUGUGGAUGGGCAUCUGGUCCAUGUAGCCUACUUUCAUGAAGAAAAUGGUAUGGCUGUCCUCUGUCUCCCAGCAGCACAUGCAACUCCGGAAGAAGUUCGUAGUUUUCUUUUGGAAAUCGUGAAGCUUCUCAAGUUAGAAUACAGGUCAUUGACCCAGGCCUUUAGGACUGUAGAGGCUCAUGGCUGCAUUGACCUAUUCCUGCUUCACUUCUUUCGUGAAAUGCUUUUAGAACCUGGACAAGAGUGUAACAGACACAGGUUUAUACGUUCCUUGCCUCAUGUACAUUGGUUACAUCUUCCCACGGAAGCUCAAGCUCAUGUUGACACUGUGCUAAGUGAGCUUGAGUCGGCAGACGUGUCCGAGGCAUUUGAUCGUUCGUCCAGGUGCUUUACAUUCCUUGGCUCGUGCGCUUUCUACAAGGGCUUCCUCCUUGGGAACCACUUGCCCAAGGAUUACCUCGAAAGUGUGUUCCUUUAUUGCCGCCAUUACCAGCUACUGACACUCACAAAGGAAGAAUCAGUUGGGCAGGUGGUGGUGUGGAAGGAGAUUUUCCUUCGAGAUGAGUUUGUAACUGUUCGGUAUUUUGUGCUUAUUGUGGGGCUUAAGCACAGCCUCAUACUAUCACUUCUUGAAGUUGGUGGCUGUGCAUCUGUUUCAGAGGACAAUCCUGCACCUGAUGCAUUCUAUAUUGAUAGAGUUCAAAACUCUUUGCUGCAGCUCGACUCUCUCGGAGUGCUCUCUGUGGCUGAAAGUUGCCUUUUGAAUCGUGGCUCUGCACCUGGCUCUACGGUGAGUUCUGCAAGCUCCAAAAGCUGGUGCCAAAGCUCAAUGAAAGAUAGCCAUUCAAGCUUGUCUCUCACAGUUCCACAGUCGCUGUCCCCAAGGCGAGCUAGAAGGAGUAGCGAUGUGGAACAGUGUCAUCUUUUGCACUGCACAAGCAACCACUUUGACUGUUCUGAGCAUGACCCACAGAUGAGCAGAAGCUACAGCAGCUGUAGCGACACGAACGGACUGCGUGCCCGACACUGCUCAAUCUCCACCAGCUCUGAUUGCGACUCCCGCACCAGUGGCAGUGACGUCUACCAGGGACGGGAUGAAAAGUUGCAGAGAGCUUUCACCAGUAGUUACGACCUGAGCAGCCUUCGUCGCAGCCUCGAAGAUGGCAGCAGUCAGUGCCAAAAUCAGGCACAAACUUCACAGUUAAAUACCUGUGCUGAUGAAAAUCUUGUUUUCCACUACCUCAGCAUAGAUGUGGGAGAAGGUGUGUUCGUAGCACCGGUGGAAUGUGCAGUUAAGAGCAAUCUGGGUGCCGAAGUUGUUGACAACUUCUAUCGCUGUUGCCUAGAGAUCAGAAAGGUAUUUAACAGUACAGCAAAAGACACUCGAAUGGCUAGGGAAGAUGAGGUAGAGUGUGAGAGCAAGUUCCUUUCAGACAGAAGCCUUUCAUGUGUAAAAGAGCAUGGAGUGCUUUUUACCUGCCCUACCUCCAGUGGUAGCAGAAGCCGGUCCAAGGGCCCCAUUUCGUAUUGGGUUGUGGGCCGUCUUUUUGCUGACAAGUGUCAACCAAGAGAGAUUUAUGUCUGUAUGCACGAGGAUGUUUCUGCAACUGCAUUGGAGAUGGCAUUCAGGCUGUCCUUCGGCUUGCAGAUAUAAGCUGUGUAUUCGACUCUUGUACCUCACUUACCAUAGAAAUGUCAAGUGGAGCAUCUAUAUUUAUAACCACAUACCCAUCUGGCAUUAGUUCUGUUGUGCUUUAUUUAUUUGUAUGUAGCAUUGCUGACAAGUUUGGUGUUUUGUAUCACAGCUUUGUUUGAAGUGUUUCCUUUUACAUGUUACCUAAAAUGCUGGCUAUAAUUAGGAACUGGUAUCUUUGUUUAAAUGCAGAAAACAAACAAAAUGCAAACAAGAGUAUACUGGAUUUGCUCUCACAACUUCAAUUCUGAGAAAUGUCAGUAUUCAUUUUUAACACACACACUAAAAAGAGUUAAACGUUAUGUACUGCAUAUCCAGGACUUUAAGUUGCACGAUUAUAUACUGGGUGUUUAAGUGAAUACUUUCAAAAAUUCCUAAAGAUAAGUUUUUCGAGGAAGAAAGCAGUUCUCUUAAGAAGCAAACUGUCAUGUCCGGCGGACGUCAGUGAUUGUAAGAAACAUGCUAAUUACAUAUUUAAUUAAUUGAAACUGUCUAAUGAAGUUUUUCAUUGGCGACAUGUAGUGGUUAUUGCCAGUGGCAAGUUUGUAGCGACAGAGACGACAAUGCCGUAUCAGCUUUUAAAGCAAAGAAAAAGUCCUUCUCUGAAGCCCUGCAGCCAGUGAAAGUCUUGCAUUUUUUUUCCGCACCAAAACAAAACUUGAUGCAGGAGGAUCGCUGGAAGUUCUGAGCAGGCGCAAUGUGUGCUGCUGACGUGUUGAAAUGGCUGCGGCAGCCAAUUCGAAAUAUAUGUGCUAUUUUCCAUAUCUUGCUCAAAACUUGCGGCUGCAGAUAACUAGCUUCAUUCUUGUGCCCUGCGAAAAAGCAAAAGAUUACGCGGGCUGCUGCCUAUGCUGAGUGUCGAGGCUUCCUAGCUAGGGAAAAUAGCACAUACAUUUCGUAUUUGCCGCCGCAGUAAUUGCAACAUGUCACCAGCGGAUGUUGCAUUUGGUGAAGACUUCCAGUGUGCUUCGUGCACAGAGUUUCAUUUUGUUGGAGGAAGAAAAGCAGGUUUUUUCACGCUGCAGGGCUUUAGACAACGACCUUUUUUUUAACUGAUAUUACAUCGCUUCUCCAUGGCUAAAAAAUUGCCAUUGACGAUAACCUCCAUACCUUGACAGUUGGUAAGAUAAUUAGUAAAUUAUAAUAACCAACCAACUAAUUAGUGUGUCCUUAAAAAUACCUGAUGUCCACCGCAGCUAACAGUUCCCAUCUGAAGAGGUUUUCUUUUUUCUUGAAAGGCCUAUUAAGACUUUUUUAAAGUGUUCGCUGAAACACCCAGUAUGUGAGAUACCCCACUUUUGUUAGACACAACCUAACGAAACCAACAGACAACCCACUUUUUACGACUUUUGGAGAAAGAAAUUUGUAAGUUGCCACGGCAUGUAUACACACCUAUAUUAAUUUGGUCAGCAUAAUGAAGCUAUGCAUGGGUUGCGUCCCAUGAAUGGAAGCAUUCACUAGGUUUAUUUCAGGAACGGACAUAUCUGUCCCCUGAAACGCACGCCCCACAAAAGUACGGACAAUUAAGAGUAAGUUUUUCAGUGCACCAGUGAAUGCCAAUUGUGUUCCAGAGACUGAGUUACAGCCCAGAAUCGACAGAACACAAAAAAAAUGUAUGUUCUCAAUUCAGGUGGUUACAAAUACAUUGUAUACAUACACACUUGGCUGGUUGCAAGUCAAUAAGUUUGAGAUUGGCUAAGAUUAAUAAACUAGUGCUAAAGUACAAUUGCAUGCAUAAGAGGAUGUUGAGGAAAUCUAAAUGUCCUUUCAUAUUCACCAGUGCUUGUUCAGAGUCAGCAGUCCAUGGAGUAAUUCUUGACUGGUUGACUGUAGCGCUGGGUCGGGGAUUCAACAAUUCCACACUUCAGGCUGGUUUCUUGGCUAUCCUGACUGACUAUGCAACUCCCUAUGCGACUGUCUGGCUCUUCCUCCUCUGCACACCUAUAUUGCCUUCCGCCUGGGUUCGAGAGCUUCAUAUAAGAGUCGCUCGUUCACAGUACAUGGGAAGCCUUGGAAAGCAUAAGAACAUUCUUUCAUCUUGUUGUAGCCUUGGUUGUGGACAGCUGUCUCGUGUCUCGGGUACCUUGGUGAUGCGGUGGUGUCAUAUUGUGAGUUCUUGAAUGAUCUAGGUGUUUGUGGUCCAGGCGGGGCUAUGUCCUUGGCGAGAUCUCUCGUGGCCGGCAGUUGUAAGUUGAUGUUGGGAUUAGGAAGUGGUGGUGCGCGGUUGGUGUAAGCGCACUUUUGUGACCGCAUGCUUCUACAGUCAUGAAAUGCUAUACUUUCCUAUUUCAAGGCACUAAAUUUCUAUAGACAAAAUUUUUAGGGUCUGUGAAUAGUAAACCAACAUUUAUUGCACUUCUGUCAAAACCAUUGAAGGCUUCAUCCUCCAAUGCACUGUCAGAAACAUCAGCCACUUCAGAUGGCCACAUCGCUGGGCCACUAUCAUCAGUAUUGAAUAACACUUACACCAGGGGCUGAAUUUCUGUUGGUUGCAAGAACUUUUGUCUUCAUAUGAUUGUGAACCACAUAUGCUUAUAUGCUUCGUUUACGACUACAGCCAGUGGUGUAGCCAGGGGGUGACACAC